AUGGUUUCUUUUGCCUUUGUGCAUCCACUUUGCUCUUCUCAUGAUUCCCUUGCACUUUUACACUUUAAGCAUUCACUUAGUGUGACACAGACAGUCCACUAUCGUGAAUCUUCUGUUCCUAAGAUGGCGUCUUGGAACAGUAGUAUGGAUUGUUGUAGGUGGAAGGGAGUUACCUGCGAUAUCUUCACAGGCCAUGUGAUUGGUUUGGACUUGAGUAAUAGCAUACUUGGAGGAACUAUCCAUCCCAAUAGUAGCCUUUUCCAGCUUCAUCAUCUUCAAACACUUGAUCUUUCCUAUAACUAUUUUUCGGGUUCUCAUAUUCCACCGAGCAUUGGUCAGUUGGUCAACUUAGCGCAUCUCAAGCUUUCUUAUUGUUAUUUCCGAGGAAGGAUUCCAUUAGAAAUCUCUCACUUGUCUAAUUUGGUUUCCCUUGCUCUCUCUGUUGUUGGCUACGAUGUCCAGCUUAGUCGGGAAGGAUUCAACAUGCUCUUUCAUAACUUAACCAAGUUAGAGGUACUAUCUCUUUCUAAUGUAAACAUUUCAUCCAGUAUACCCAUGAAUAUAUCCUCUUCUUCUUUGAGAUAUCUAGAUCUUGAAUAUAAUAAGUUGCAAGGAGACUUGCCAAACAGCAUUUUCCUCCUACCCAACCUGGAAGCUCUCAGAUUGUCACACAAUACGGAUCUCACUGUUUCAAUACCCAAGUUUAACUGGAGCAGCAGUCAUUCACUAAGGGAGUUGGAGCUCUCUUCGACAAAUAUUUCCGGAGGGCUACCCACUUCACUCGGAACUCUGAAAGCCUUAAAACUUAUGAAACUUUCUGGGUGCAACCUCGUGGGACAUAUUCCAGAAUCCAUCAGGAAUCUUUCACAAAUCACCCAACUGGAUCUUACAGACAACCAUUUGGAGGGGGAAAUUCCUGAUGCUUUUUCCAACUUUCGAAAGCUUACAUCCUUAUCACUGGAGAACAACGCCUUUAUUGGCCCAUCCCCAGCUUCUCUUUUCAACUUGACAAAGCUUGAAUAUUUGAGUUUGAGAAACAAUCUUCUCAGUGGUCCACUUCCUCCUUUUACUGCUAUCAGGCUUCAAAAUCUAGAACGCCUAUAUUUGUCUCAAAACUCACUCAACGGCUCAAUCCCAUCUUGGAUGAAUAGUCUUCCUACAUUGAGUCAAUUAUCGCUUGGGACAAAUCAUUUCAGUGGACCCCUUCCUGAGUUUAAGACCAACUCUCUGGAAUGGCUUGAUUUAUCUGAAAAUCAACUUAAUGGCUCCAUACCUCAAUCACUUAGAGAUCUUGUGAACCUAAAUGUUCUCACUCUUGGACAUAAUAAUUUGAGCGGCGAGGUAGGAGCAGAAAUGUUUUCAAGCAUGAAAUACCUGGAAUAUCUUGAUCUUUCUCAUAGUGGUUUAUCAUGGAGUAGCAAUAAGGACGAUAUCAACACCACUUUACCCCGUCUUGAGUAUUUAGGUUUAGGAUCUUGUCGUGUGAAAGAUUUCCCGGGUUUCGUGUUGAACUCCAAGUUUUUUUGGGCUUUGGAUCUCCCCGAGAAUGAAAUUCACGGGGAGUUCCCAAAAUGGUUUGGGGGUGUAAGUAAAUUGCAAAGCCUUAACCUCUCUCACAACUACCUUACAAGCUUAGACCAUCUACCUUGGGAGACAAUGGUGGUACUUGAUCUCCAAUCAAACUCACUCACUGGACCACUGCCCUCCUCCCUUUGCAGAUUAAGUAAACUUCAUCUUAUAAAUUUGUCUUACAAUAAUUUGAGUGCUGAAAUUCCCAAUUGUUUGUUUUCUUUUGUCCAGCUCACGGUCUUAGACUUACGAGCUAAUAACUUCUACGGACCCCUCCCAAACAAAUUCCCAGAGAAUAGUGUUCUAAUUCAUAUUAGUUUGAGCAAAAAUCAAUUGGAAGGUCCCAUCCCAACAUCGCUAGUCAACUGUACCCUCUUACAACUCCUCGAUUUGGGAAACAACAAAUUCCGUGAUACAUUUCCCACCUGGUUGGAGACGCUGGAUGCUUUGGCCUAG